GCUGUAACCACAGUAAUCUAUUCCUUCCCGACAAGACUCGCAAGUAGAUUUCUUCCCAGUUCUGUAAAGUCCCGCUCUUUUCCAUCUCUAUCUUCAUCACCAGCUUCUGUAAAUCCCAAUCCAUCUUCAAAGGAGAUUCAAAUAGUAAAGAAAAAAAUGCAGGAGCAAACGACUAGCUCUUUACCUGCAAGCUCUCUACCGUCAAGCAGCGAGAGAUCCUCAAGCUCUGCUCCUCAUUUGGAGAUCAAAGAAGGAAUUGAAAGCGAUGAAGAGAUACGGCGAGUUCCGGAGUUUGGAGGAGAAGCUACCGGAAAGGAAAUCUCUGGAUCGGCGACCGGUCAGGACCAGACACAAGCAACGGUCGGAGGAGAGGGUCAAAGGAAGAGAGGGAGGACUCCGGCUGAGAAAGAGACCAAGCGGCUAAAGAGGUUGUUGAGGAACAGAGUUUCAGCACAGCAAGCAAGAGAGAGGAAGAAGGCUUACUUGGGUGAGUUGGAAAAUAGAGUGAAAGACUUGGAGAACAGAAACUCUGAACUUGAAGAGAGACUCUCUACUUUGCAGAACGAGAACCAGAUGCUUAGACAGAUUCUGAAGAACACAACAGGAAACAAGAGAGGAAGCGGUGGUUCUAACGCUGAUGCAAGCCUAUGAUCUCCUUGUUCUUGUAUUAUUAUUUACCUGGAUAAACUUUACAAGGAAUUGUAUUAAAUAAAUAUUUUCUUGGAUGUGACUUGUGACAGAAUUAUCUUCUAGUCUUUAGAUUUUCUUUCUUUGUUUGUUUGAUAGAUUUGCUUAAUUCAAAAGUUAAUUUUGUUGUAUUAUGAUA